AAAACGCAUCAGCCACUCCCCGAAGUCUCCCCCACUGAAGACUUGGAAAAUGUCAAACCCGGAGACCCAAACCAAAGAAAGAACAAAAAAAUCGUAAUGGAUUCUUAUAAUGCUUUUAUGAUUCCGCUUACCGUUUACUGAAUUCAUUCAUAGGAAUUCGUCUAUCACGGGACUCCGUGGUUCGUGUUCUUACGCGGGGUUUCCAUUUUUUCCCCAUUAUUUCAUUAUUUUCUUUGUUGUGGGACUCUGAAAAUUCCAAGUUGGGUCUGAAACUAAUCGAACAAGCAACCCCUCGACGAAGAAAAGCCAAAACGAAGAACACACACACACACACACACACACUUCUCCCCACUUUUGGCUGCUCAUUCCCUAGGCAGAGUUGCUGCUUUAUUUUUUAAAGGAGAUUCAAGGACAGAAGACCCUAUUGGGGUGCAAAAGAUUCAGAGAGAUAUGGCUACCAAUGCUGCUGCUGCUGCUGCUUGCGCUGAGAGAGCCACAAAUGAUGUGCUCAUCGCUCCUGAUUGGGCCAUAAAUAUUGAGCUCUGUGAUAUUAUUAACAUGGAUCCCAGGCAAGCGAAGGAUGCAUUGAAGAUACUCAAGAAGCGCCUGGCUAGCAAAAAUCCUAAAACACAACUUCUAGCUCUCUAUGCAUUGGAUGCUCUAAGCCAAAAUUGUGGCGAUACUGUUUUUAAGCUGAUCGUAGAUUGUAAUAUCCUGCACGAAAUGGUUAAAAUUGUAAAAAAGAAGCAGCCUGAUUCGACUGUAGGACACAAGAUACUAACUUUGGUAGAUGCAUGGCAAGCAACAUUUGGGGGUGGCUCCAGGGGAAAGUAUCCACAGUACUAUGCAGCCUACAAUGAAUUGAUGAAUGCUGGAUUUCGAUUUCCACCAAGACGAGAGAACGUUGGGCAGUUCGUAAGUCCACCUCAGAUACACCCUGUUAUUGAGCAACAUGUUUCACCCUAUGAUGAUCUUGCUGCUCAGGUUUCUCUUCAGUCUGAUGCUUCUGGUUUAAGCUUGCCAGAAAUUCAAAAUGCACUGGGGCUAGCAGAUGUUCUGUUGGAAAUGCUCGAUGCGUUAGAUCCGAAGACUCCAGAGGCUUUGAAGCAAGAAGUUAUUGUCGAUCUUGUUGAUCAAUGCCGUUCCUACCAGAGCCGUGUCGUGAUACUUGUGAAUGAGUCAACAGAUGAGGAACUGUUGUGUCAAGGAUUGGUGCUGAAUGACAGUCUGCAGCGUGUACUCAGCUACCAUGAUGACAUUGCAAAAGGAACGUUUACAACGGAAGCUAGAAGAACAGAACCUCCUCCCGUUCCAUCGGUUCCAUAUAUGGACCCCGAGGAGGAUGAGUCGGAAGUUGAUUUUACACCAUUAGCUCGCAGGUCAACAAGAGAUCACAUUUAUGCACGGGACAGGAAACUGGCAAACGGUCAAUCAUCUCGAGUAAGUCCGCUUCCUUCACCCUCAUUAAAGAAGACAACUGGUGCAGAAAUGAUCGAUCAUCUUAGCGGCGAUGUGUACAAGCGUGAAGGGUCUCCAAGGACAGUAGAGCCACCAUCUUAUACACCUUCAACUUCCCCGCCUUCACCAACAACUUCAUCUUCCUCACGUUUCUACACCAGACAGCCUUUAUUCGUCGAGCCACCCCCAAGAAGCAUGUCCACAAAUCCGCCCUCCGCAACACCAAGCUCCCUCCCUCCCCCACCCUCAAGAUAUAAUCAAAGACAACAAUAUUUUGAGCAACAAAAAGCUGUUACAGGAGGCAUUUCGCCCCAUUUGAGCAACGGCUAUAGUUCUUAUGACAAGAUAGUCGGGAAUACCAAGAAUCUGUCACUCGGUCCUUCCACCCCGACCAGAGCUGCAGAGCAUGAGGAGGCCCUUUUCAAAGAUCUGGUGGAUUUUUCCAAGGCCAACACAUCUUCAUCCUCCAAAUCCAACCGACCAUUCUGAGACUCGAAUAGUAAAGACUGACCUUGUUUUUUCUUUGUCUUCGUCCUCGCUCUAGUGUAGGCAGGUGAUUGUGAGGUUUCUUAACGAGGUUGUUGCAUAUUCAUGAACAAAGCCAUCCAUUUUGUAAGGAAGUAGGUGUUAGAAUUUGUUCAUUUGCUUUGGAUGGGUCUUACAUUGAGCCACUGAUCUGCAUAUAUUAUAUAUUAUGUUCAUUUGGUAGCA